AUGGCACACGAUCAGCAGUGGUCUGCAAUGGACUGCAGCUCUGAUGAGUCAUCAGAGCUAAGUGAGACUGAUAUUGAUGACUAUGCUGAGAAGUCAUACGUGGACCUCAAGUCUGGCAAGUUUGUGGCAAGGCUGGGUAGUGACAGGUUCAGGUGCCCAUUCUGUCCAGGGAAGAAGAAGCAGGACUACCGUUACAACGAGCUGCUUCAGCACGCUGUUGGGGUGGGCGCAUCCAACCGUGCUGCAAAGGUGAAGGCAAACCACCAGGCCCUGGCGAAACUUCUCAAAGAGGACCAUGCUGAUGCAGCAGCUACAUUGCCACCACGGCAGGCUAUUGCGCUUAGUAACCCUCCAAAGCCAGUGCAAGAUCUGGAAGUGUUUGUUUGGCCCUGGAUGGGCAUCCUCACAAAUGUUCCGGCCAAACAAACCCAGGGGGGUGGAGGCAUACUGAUGAAGCAGCUAGCUGAUUUCAAACCCGUGCAAGUUACUGCUGUGUAUGGUGACAAUGGGUAUACUGGCUACGUCAUUGUUCUUUUCACCAAGGAUUGGAUUGGGUUCAAGAAUGCCUUAGCAUUCCAUAACUAUUUCAAGUCACAGCGCUUGGGUAAACUGGAAUGGAAGGAAACAAAGCAACAUGUAAAAUAUGUGUUUGGAUGGCUGGCAAAAGAAGAGGAUUACAAAUCAGGUGGCCCAGUUGGUAGGUUCUUGUCAGCAAAUGGUGACCUCAAGACAGUGUCUGAAUUGGAACAAGAGAUGUCCAGCAAGACUGACAAUCUCAUAGCUAAUUUGACUCAACAGAUCACCGCUAAAAGCAAGUAUCUGCAGGAACUAGAGUGCAAGUGUAAUCAAAUGAAUCUCUCCCUUCAGAAAGUUAUGGAAGAAAGUGAUUUGCUGCACAAACGUUAUAAUGAAGAAAUGAGGAAUAUGCAGUCUGCUGCCCGUGAGCAUACACAGAUAGUUUUUCAGGAGACUGAAAAACUGAGAAAACAGUUGGCUGAGAAAGAGAGUAGCAUCGAAAGGAAGAAUGCUGACCAAAACAAUUCCCUCAACAUGGCUAGAAUUGAGCAACAGAAAGCUGAUCAACGGGUGCUACAGCUUCUUGAGAAACAUAAGAAAGAGAAGGAGGACGCUCUGAACAAAAUCCUGCAGUUAGAAAGGCAGGUGGAUGAAAAACAAAAGCUGGAGCUAGAUAUUGAACAACUUAAAGGCAAACUGGAGGUGGUGAAACACAUGAAAGGAGAGGGUGUUGAUGUGAAGAAACAUUCUGAGAAGCUGACAGCAGAACUGAAUGAAAGAAUUGAAGAGAUGGAAGAUCUUGACGCUCUCAACCAAACUCUUGUUGUUAAAGAAAGGAUGACCAAUGAUGAGAUUCAAGAUGCAAAGAAAGAGUUGAUCACGGGUUUGGCAGAUUUAUUAGGUCCUCGUAGCAACAUUGGAAUCAAGAGAAUGGGUGAACUGGAUGAGAAGCCCUUUGUUCUAUCUUGCAAGCAAAGGUAUGGAGAAGAUGCUGAAAUGAAAGCUGCUGAAUUUGUCUCCUUGUGGCAAGAGCAUCUGAAGGACCCUAAUUGGCAUCCUUUCAAGAUAGUGACCACAGGCUCAACUACAGAGCAAAUCAUCAAUGACAAGGAUGAGAAGCUGGUGGGCUUGAAGAAACAGCUUGGUGAGGAGGUGUACAAGGCUGUGACUACUGCAUUGCUGGAGAUCAAUGAGUACAACGCUAGCGGCAGCUACGUGGUAUCUGAACUCUGGAACAACAAAGAGAACCGAAAGGCCAGCAUAACAGAAGCCAUACAGCACGUUCUGAAGCAAUGGAAGGCACAGAAGUGCCGAAGAUAA